AGAGUUACACUGACACCAGGGAAGACUUUCAACAGAUUCCACGAAAGUUAUGUCAGGUCUAUUACCAAAGCACAUGCUGUAAGCCAUAAAGUAAUAUAUAUAUUGACGCUUGAGGUGUUGCGGCUUUGAUAAAUAACCGCAAACGAGGAGGGGAAGUCUGCAGCAAGCCCCGCUUACUGUUCCCGGAGCUGAGUUCAGCGUCUUGCCCAGGGUAAAUAAAUAUACGCACACCAGGUGAGAGUUCAUCAAUAUGUCCGAGUCUUCCGACAGCCGCACGAAAACGUUAAAUUUCAACAUCGGCGUGCUCGGACAUGUCGACAGCGGGAAGACUUCGCUCGCCAGGGCGUUAAGCCACACUGCGUCCACAGCCGCCUUCGACAAGAACCCGCAGUCCCGCGAGAGAGGUAUCACGCUGGACCUCGGCUUCUCCUCCUUCACGGUGGAUCUUCCCGAUCAGCUGCGGGACAGCGGGGGGAAGCAGCCGUAUGACAGCCUUCAGUUCACCCUAGUGGAUUGUCCUGGGCACGCCUCUCUCAUUCGGACCAUCAUUGGAGGUGCCCAAAUCAUCGACCUGAUGAUGCUGGUGGUGGAUGUGGUGAAAGGGGUGCAGACUCAGACUGCAGAGUGUUUGCUGAUAGGAGAGCUCACCUGCCCUCGCAUGGUUGUUGUCCUGAAUAAGAUUGACCUACUGCCACCCAACAAGAGACAAAGUGCCAUUGAGAAAAUGACCAAGAGACUCCACAAAACACUGGAAAACACCAGAUUUAAGGAUUGUCCAGUGAUUGCUGUGGCAGCGAAGCCUGGGGGCCCGGAGGCUCCUGACACAGAGGAGCCACAGGGAGUGCCACAGUUAAUAGAGCUUUUGAAGAAACAGACAUACCUCCCUAAGAGAGACCCUGGAGGUGACCUCCUAAUGGCUGUGGACCACUGUUUCUCCAUCCGUGGUCAGGGAACGGUCAUGACUGGGACUGUCCUGCAGGGGUCGCUGGCCAUUAAUGACACUGUGGAAAUCCCAGCGCUAAAGGUGACCAAGAAGAUAAAGUCGGUGCAGAUGUUUCGGAAGCCGGUGUCUGGGGCCAUGCAGGGGGAUCGAGUGGGUGUGUGCGUAACACAGUUUGACCCUAAACUGUUGGAGCGCGGUGUGGUGUGCACCCCAGGAUCCCUGCGCACCCUCUUUGCAGCUGUCAUCUCUGUGAGGAAGAUAGGUUACUUCAAGGGCAUUCUGUCCACCCGUGCCAAGUUCCACAUCACGGUGGGUCAUGAGACAGUCAUGGCAAGGUUGACCUUCUUUGGCCUGCCACCUGCGGGUGCCUCAGAACCCCCAUCAGGCACUACACCACCUCCAUCAGAGCCCUGCUCCCUGGAAACCCCUUUCACCUUUGACAGGGAGUACUUCUACCAGGAUGAAUAUGUCACUGGUCAGGGAGAAGGGAGUUCGGAGCCUGACCCAGAGCAGUGGGCUUUACUGGAGUUUGAGCGGCCAGUCACAUGUCCUUUGCUCUGUCUAGUAAUCGGCUCCAAGCUAGACACAGACAUCCACGCCAAUGCAUGCCGGCUGGCCUUCCAAGGCCGUCUGCUGCAGGGGUUUGAAGAUAAGAACUACACCGAGACCGACCUACCUCGUCUGCGCAUCUACAAAGCCAAGCAUAAGGAGGGACAGGUGGAGAGGGUAACCGACGAUUACACUGUGAUUGGCCGCAGCCUGUUCAAGAAGGAGACCAACCUCCAGCUCUUUGUAGGGUUAAAGGUCACCCUGUCCACAGGAGAAACUGGAGUCAUUGAGGGUGGAUUUGGACAGAGUGGGAAGUUCAAGAUUCGUAUACAAGAGGGUCUUCGCCCGGAAACCAAGCAGUUGCUUUCCUCUCUCUCUAAGAAGAAAGGAAAGAGUGAAAGCAAAGGUGGACCUGCAAAUGAAGAGGAGCCCAAAGCGGAUUCUCAGCCCGUUACAGUUCACUUGCAUUUCAAGCGAUAUGUCUUUGAUCCCCAUAAAAAGAUGGUUCAGUCUUGACCUCUGCUGCACACACUUUCAGACUGUGACACCAUGUUGCAGAGACAUGCGACAGUGUAGUUUCAGAUUUCUUGCAGAAAGAGAGGUGACUGCCAGGCUGUGUAUUAGGGCAAUGUUAACUCUCAUUGCCUUUUUUCUCUGGAGAUGGAGACAGUCUGCUGAAAUGCAAUGAUUGUGGAAUGCUAAACGCAUGUGAAGCAGCGAUUGUUUUAUCUCAGUUUAACGAGCUGGAUCUAAUCCUGUUUGCUUCAUCAGAAGGGUGAAAGCCGCUCUACAGAUCCCAAUGCAUUUGAUUUAUCGUUGAAAGAAAUCAAGGCUUUUGUUCUUGUUUAUUGAUAAAAUCAAAAUUGAAUCAAUCAUUCUGACUAGCAUAGCAACUAACUUUUCAUUAUGUGUUUUUCUUUUUUUUUUUUUUUUUUUAAAUUUAGCUGAGCACUUGUUGGCAUAAAGACUUUAGCAUUCCAGAAAUACUGAACUCACAUGUUUAUUUGAAUCUCUGUGCUCAGUGCCUCUUUGACUGAUCAGUGAUUAAUGGCAGUUCGUAUGGGUUUUGAUUUAUGUUGAAUAUUGAUGCU